GACAUUUUCAUGAGUUUCAUCUGACAGCAAUCGGCAUUCGGUAAUUCUAGUCAAAGUGGUUUUAAUUAUUUUAAAUAAUUGAUUUAUUCAGCUGCGUUUGUAUUUACGCACUUUCUGCAUAAAAAGUAUUUCUUUAUUUAUCAACAAUGAGCAACAGAAAGGAGAGCUUGAAAAAAUCUCUUGGACUCACAGAAUAUCCGUGGAGUUCUGACGAUGAAGACAACCCGCAAACAAAUCCGGAACCGGCUGCGUCGUCAAGUAGAAGACAGGCUGAAUCUGAAAAUCCUAAUCAGCCUGGACCUAGCGGUCAUAACACAGGGGGACCUUCACUGUCCAUAUCACCAUCAAGAAGGCACCAAACUAGAUUGGAACGUGACUUGUUCUGGUCACUGCUCAAUAAUCCAAACAGAAUGAGCGGUGGAGGACCCAUGAGGCCGAGUACAAGUUCCGCGGACCCCGUCGAAACUCACGAACGGAUUGAUCUCGAUAGUCCAGUUUCGAACAUACAGCGCAUACUUGCAAUUAAAAGGUUAACUCGAAGCCUGGGUGCCAACCUUUGCAAACACCCGCAACGUCCUGGUCCUGGCUCAUCAAGGAAUAUAAUAUUCACUCCAACAAUGCACGGGGAUUAUUCGUCUUUAAAGUUCGGUCGUCUCAAGAGAAGACCCAUGUCCCGAGUGCCACCAGCCGGGUGUAGCAGGAAUAGCAUAAUUCCCGCAGUGAUAGAGUCCGCCUCGGCCCCGGCGCACUCCGACGAAGAGUCUCCCCAACCGAUCAACUCGGCAUCGCCGGAACAUAAUGAUGAUAAUGCCGAAGAUCAGGAAACUAUGGAAGUGGACACGUCUGCCGGUGGAGUUUCUCUCGAGGAAGAAAUAGUUGAGAUAGACGGAGGGGGUGAGGAGAACCAGGACGAAAAUGGCAAUGAAGAAGAACAAGCCGAACAGGCGAGCGGAGAUGAAGAUGCUCAUGAAGAAAAUUCUGCUCAGGAAGAGACUGCUCCCGCUGAAUCACAACAGUCUCAGGGAAUUAAAAGAAAAGGGGAAAUACCCGAGGAGAGAGAACCGGAUUCGGUCAAGGAGUUCAAUCAAAGCCUGCUGCGCCUGCUGGAGUGCCCCGUGUGCCUGGAGUGGAUGGAGCCGCCCAUGUCGCAGUGCCGGCGCGGCCACCUGGUGUGCGGGCGCUGCCGCGCGCGCCUCGCCGCCUGCCCCGUGUGCCGCACCGCCUUCUCGUCCGUGCGCAACCGCGCCAUGGAGGCCGUGGCGGAGAUGCUGCGCUACCCGUGCCGCCACGGCUGCGGGCGCGAGACGCGGCUGCGGCGGCGCGCGGCGCACGAGUCCAGCUGCGCGGCGCGCCGCUACCGCUGCCCCGCGCCGCCCUGCGCCGAGCGCCCGCCGCUGUCGCUGGCCGACCUGCCGCACCACUUCCAGACUAAGCAUCUCUCCAUGCUGAAAGUGGGCCGCAAGCACAAGUUCUCGAUGAAGGUGAACUCCGAGCAGCACGACAACUGGCUGGUGAUGGCGGCGCGCGAACUGUUCCACUUGCGAGUGGACGUCGACAUCCGCACGUGGGGCGUCGUGGUGUACGUCGCCUACAUCGGGCCCAAGUGUAAUGCUAGCAACUUCACCUACGCGGUGACAGUUACCGGGCAACACAACGAUAGAAAACUCGUGUACACCCGCGCAACACACAGCGAUUUGGAGAGCUCGUCCCUGAACGUGAGCCGCCAGGACUGCUUCCACCUCACUCUGGAUCAGGCCCUCAACUUCCUGAGAUUCAAGAAUCGGUACUGCGAACCGGACAAGUUCCUCGACUUCGUGGUGGAGAUCAACAAGCGCGAGGUGCCCGCGGAGAACACUCUGGACGAGUCCGAUUCCUGAUUAGAGUGUGUCGUGUACGUGAGCGAGGGCCGCAUCGUGCGCUACGAGACGCACGGCCUGCCCGCGCCGCCCGCGUCCCCCGCGCCGCCCGCGCCGCCCGCGCCGCCCGCCGCGCGUUGAGUCGGUCCGGCGUGACGAUACAAAUCGCAAUUUGUGCUCAAACAAAAAAAUGGACUAUGAAAUUUUUUCUAAAGUGUAUCUUGUCUAAUACUUAUACGUAGAGCCCUCUCUCGAUUUUCGUUUCUUUCGUGAUCGAAUAGCGUUGAUCGCUAUUCUGUAUGAUCAUUUGUAAAGCGAUCAAUAUAUUAGUUACCUCGUGUUCUUGGUCAUCGAUGUUUAAAUUAUUUUGGAAAUAAAAGUUUAGGCGUGUCUCACCUUUAUAUGGCACACCUGAUAAUAUAAUGGCAUGUAUACCUUUAAAUAUAAUUAGCUACUAAGUAAAAGACUGUAUUUUUUUAUCUUUUAUUGUAAAGCUUCGAUUACAUUUCGGUUCUUUAUUUGGAGCUAUAAACUGUGAGUAUAAUUGAGAGUAAUGAAUUUACACAUUUUUAACGAAAUUAUAUAUUUAUUUUAUAUGCAUCGUGCAUUGAUUAUUAGGAAUUUAAAAAAAAUAAACAAAUUUUAAAUUAAAAAUAUCAAUAUAUUUUUUAAAGAUAGUACUUUAAGAUUGUCUACUAAAUUUCUGUAUUGUAAUAUAACUGAAGUACUUUAACUUAAUUAGAAUAUAUUUUAUAUCCUGGCUAACUUAGCACUUUACUGGGAGUAUAUCUCUAAUCGCCUAAUAGGCAGUAUACAUCAUAUCUAUGGAAAUAACUUAAUUAUGAUUAUUAUUUUAAAUAUUUAACAACCAAUAAAUGUAAACAUAAGUCGAGGCCGUAUUUCAAAUUUAAACAGGCUGUUACCGUGACAUGUUCUCAAUCCACACGGAAACGCCAAGACUGAUGAUUUUAUUAUCGACUGGGUCGACAUUAUUGAGUAAUCAUUUAUAAUAGGGAGAACCUACAGGUGUUGAUGUAUGAGGAAUGAUUUCGAACAAACGAAACAUUAUUCCUUAUACUAUGGUUUAUUAAAAGCCAGUGGCUUUUAGUAUUAUAUUGAAUAUGAUAUUGUAGUGUAAUAUUAAUAUAGCAUUCGUAGUGCAUGCAUUAUAUAAUUGUAUUUGACGCUCUAUUUAUUCUUAUAACAAACCUCUAUAUAAUGGUUUAUUGUAUUCUAUUUGUAUCUCAUAUUACUCGUCAUGUCAUGUAAUCAUGUCAUUUUUAGAUUGGUGUUAUUUAUAUUACAUAGACUGCCUUGUUGGUAUAGUGGCUAGCAUAUAAAGCCGCAGACCCAGGUCAGCCCGAUAAAAAAGAUGUUCUUCGUAGCACCCCGGAGUCUGUUGUCUGGAUGUUGGCAGCAUUGAGAAUAGACAUCUGCGUUAUUGGUCUAGAGGAAACAUCAUAAAUUGUAUACAAUUAUAAAAUCGAAUAAGUAUUAAAGUAUGUCUAUUACAUGUAUUUAAGAUCACCUAUUGGUGUAAUUAGGAAUUAACAUUAGUAUCAAAUAAUCCUUAGACUUUAUUGUCCGCGGGAGGCUUAACUACUUAUAUAGUAUUCAUAAUUGUCUAUGUGUCUACUUUUGGUGUAUAAUCUACUAUAGCAUAAUUUAAAAAUUUUAAACUAUUGAUUGGAAAUCUGAAUUCAAUUUCGAUGAUUCUAGAGUUUGUUGGGAACAUGCUAAAAAUAAUGUAAAGAUUACUAGAAACGUAUAAAACCUCUGAAUAAUUAAAAAUAAAUCACGGCAUGUUAAUAUUAUUUAUUCUCAAUCUAUACGUCAUGCAUCUAAUGUAUGUUUUAUUGCAUCAACAAUAUAUAAAAUACGUAUAUUUCCUACUCAUUCUUUUACCGUGUCGUUUUUGUUUCCGAGACCAAAAUCGUUCCAAAUUUAAAAUAUUCGUUUCUCUACAUAUUUAUAACACAAUAUUUAAGUAAGAUUGUAUGUUUAUAUCUAUCUCUGAAUAUUAUAAAAUAUUUGAACACGAUACACAAUGUGUCAACAUUAUUUACAAUUAUUAUAUACAUUAUACAGAAUUACAAUGCAAUUAUUUUUAAAAAUAUAGACUCAUUUGCACUGAAUUGUGUAUAGUAUGUACUAAUGGGUUUUUUAAUACUUACAAUAUAUAAUAAUCGAAUAAAUAUAUAUUUAACUUGUAUUCGUUUAAGUAAUUAGGAAUUCGGCGUCAUUCGUUUUGGUAUUAAAAGUUCAAAAGACCACAUUUUUAUAUGAAGGACUUAAGGCAAGAAAUAUAAUUAUUUAGAUUAUACUUUAAAUGUGAUGAGAAAAAUUCUGUCCACGUCGAAAGGAUAGGAAAGAUUUUAGUUUCAUUUUCAAAAUCGAAUUUAAAAUGACGUUUUGAAUUAAGGUUAGUAUUUACCUACAGUCAGCUAGAAGCUGAUAAUAUUUAAUCAUGCAUUUUAUUAUUCUUAGGGUAGUCAUUCAAAGUUACAAAUUAUUGUUUCAAUACUUUUUAAAUUUCAUAUACAUAAUCGUAAUAAUCACUAAUUACAAUUAUCUUUCGUAUGAACGGCUCUGUUGUGUUCCUUUUAUUAAUAUUAUUAUGUUCAUUAUGGGUUAGGUAUGAAAUCUGUGAUGUUUUGUUAUCAAUUGCAUUUGUGGUGUCAUUUAUUGUGAUUGUUACCUUGUUUUGUUUUUGUUUGACUUUUUU